GAAUAUUUCGGCCCGUUUCGGGCUUGGGCCGGACUGAGGUACGUUAAAAAAUGCAGGUCGGGAUUGAGCAGAGCUUGGCCCGGCCCGUUGACACCGUAUUCAAAAUCUGUGACGUCGCCACUCUUCAUUUCACCGGAGAGAAAGAAUGAGCGAUCUAAUCGCCGCAGCAUCGGAUCCGUCCACGGCGAGCGAGCCUAAGGCAGCGUUCGACACGGCACGAGUCGCCGAGGUGAAAUCCUGGCUCGCCUCGCAGUUCGACGCCGCGGGGAAGGACGUGCCCGAGUUCGAGUACACGCCGCGGAGCAUCGCGCAUCUCCACGCGCUUGCGACUGUCUCCCAAUCCAAGACACAGGCGGCCGGGAUUGUCGCGUCGGACCUCCGCCAAAAGGCCGCGGAGUACCGCUCCCAAGCUGUCAGGAUUAGGGAGAUUUUGGAAAAUGUGGGAUUGGCCCAUGAGAGUCUAUCGCCGAAUGCUAUCGCAUCUGCACAGGUUCUAGCAAAUGUUUCGAAUUUGUUGAAUAUAAGAGACACUGAAAUGAGUAGUUUUCUUGUGGCAAUGGGAGAUAUUUCUUUGAGAAAGACUGGUAUAGAGGAAAAGAGGGAUAAGGUAAAGAAGGAAUCAGAAGUUCUUCUUGACUAUACACGGAAGGCUCUUGCAAGGCUGACUUAUUUGAAAAAAACCCUUCAAAAGUUGGAUGAUGAAGUAGCUACUUGUGAGGCUCAAAUGCUUCAUUGGAAGACAAACGUGGCCAUUAUGGCCUCAAAAGAACGGCAAUACAAUCAACAAUAUUCUAAUUAUAAGGCAUUACUAAAUCGGGUCGGUUACACUUCCGAUAUUAGCCAUGGCGUGCUGGUGGAAAUGGCCGAGCAUAAAAAAGACUUGGAGAAGAAAACAAAGCCCAUUUUAGAUACCUUGAGAAGCUACCAGGACUUACCUCCGGAUAAAGCUCUUGCUGCUUUAGCUAUUGAGGAGAAAAGAAGGCAAUACACAGCUGCUGAAAAGUACCUUGAAGAUGUACUGCACUCGGCUCUCGCCACUACAGAAUAAUGUCUUGGUGCGUGUGCUGUUCAUAUAACAUCGAAAUGUGGACUCGAUACCAUGUUAGUGAAUUUUUAUUUUAAAGAAAACCAUAUCAUUACAUUCCACGAGGGAUUGAGAUGGGAGGAAAGAAGAGCAGCUUUAUCAUCAAAGAUCCUAGCAUCUCUUCCUCCACAUCCCUCAAAGGUUAGUGAAAGGAAGAUUUUCUUCCCUGCUAAUAGAAAGGGACAGCAGACCAGCUCAGCAAUGACAUCAAAAGCCAAUCGUCCAGCUGCCUGUUGUAUUGUAAUACAUGAACUUGUCAAAUUCUUGGAUUUGCACUGGAUUUGGAUUUUGAGAAUGGUGAUCAUCAUGGUGCACAUACUGUUUUCAUGA